AAAAGUUUUACUCCUCGUGUUUUGCUCUCUCCUGUCGAGGUCGUUCUGUGCAAAACCCUGCUAGGGUUUUUGCCUCCACCAUAGAUUUUUGUUGUAGCACACUAGGGCUUCUGGUUUUCUUUACUUUCAGGGCCAAUUGUUUUGAUUUCUCUCUCUCUCACUCUUCAAAUCUUUGUUUGUUGAUUGUUUCGGAUCUCGAUCUGUCUGUUAAGCUGCUAUGGAUACUCGCAAGAGAGCUAGGCCUGUUGCGCGCUUCAACUCCAAUGGCGGUGUGAAGAAAUCCAAGCAAGAAAUGGACUCCUUAUCAAGUGGUAUAGGAAGCAAAUCGAAGCCUUGCAUGAAGUUUUUCAGCACUGCUGGCUGUCCAUUUGGGGAGAACUGCCACUUCCUUCACUAUGUGCCUGGUGGGUAUAAUGCUGUUGCACAGAUGAUGAACCUGGCUCCAGCUCCUGUUUCAAGAAACAUGGCUGCACCUCCUCCCAUCCCAGAUGGUUCUUCCCCAUCUGGUGUGAAAACCCGAAUGUGCAACAAAUAUAAUACUGCCGAAGGCUGCAAGUUUGGUGACAAAUGCCAUUUUGCCCAUGGUGAGUGGGAACUUGGCAAGCCUGUUGCUCCAUCACAGGAUGAUUCUCGUGCCAUGGGAGCUAUUCUAAGCCGUUUUCCAGGCCGGAUAGAGCCACCUGCACCAGCUCCUGUCACUGGCUUUGGUGACUCAGCCACUGCCAAAAUUAGUGUAGAUGCUUCUCUUGCUGGAGCAAUCAUAGGAAAGGGUGGUGUGAACUCCAAGCAGAUCUGUCGCCAAACAGGGGUGAAGCUAUCUAUUCGAGACCAUGAAUCAGAUGCAAAUCUUAGAAACAUUGAACUUGAGGGUACAUUUGAUCAGAUCAAGCAAGCAAGUUCCAUGGUAAGAGAGUUAAUUGUGAGUGUUGGUUCAAUGGGUGGCCAUGCAAAGACCCCUGGAGCCCCAGCCUCAUCCCAUCCAGCAGCAAGCAACUACAAGACGAAGAUGUGUGAAAAUUUUGCAAAGGGCUCCUGCACAUUUGGAGAAAGAUGCCACUUUGCACAUGGAGCUGCCGAGUUGCGCAAAUCAGGAGUAUGAAGAUGUUUUGGUUCUCUGGUUGUUAUGCAUAGUUUCGCUUGUGCUGCGAGCACUACCUUUGAGAUCUAGCUGUGCUAUGAAACCCAUGGGCAAUGUAACUGAGACUGACAUUGUAGCAUUUUCCAGUCACUGGUUUUGUUUCUUAUAUGAGCUAUAUAAUAUUUAACUGUACUAUCUGCUA